AUGGCGGGCGGACGUGACUGGAUCAGCCAGAUCGUGGCCGGAUGUUGGCCAAGCCGCGGCUGGAUCCCACACACGGUCACAGAUAGCGUUGCGUUGGCGAGUUGGGUUUGGCCUCCGCCCCAUGUCCUGGCGACCCAGAUGGCGCUUAUCCGGAUCGCCAAGGGCCUGUGCGGGCGGAUGGGCUUCCACAUCUCCAAAUCGGAGAAGCUCCUCGCGCAGAGGGCCAUGCCCAAGCGCAGCGCGCAACGAGGCCUUACAGCUGCGGAACGUCGCCAGCAGAUUUCGCAGCGCCGUGCGGAGAAGCAACGGCAGGUUGCAGAAAGGGAUGCCGCAAUAGCGACAAAGGUGCCAGCAGAAGCACCGGCAUCGGCAGCGCCGGAAGUAGCGAAAGCAUCCAUCGCCAGAAGUGAUGACAAUGGCUCAUCGGCGCAAGAAUCUUUAGACGCAGGCAUCGACGAGGAGCUCAUAGCAAUACUAGUCCCGGACGAAGGCGCAGCCUUGGACGCUGAGGAAGCCAAGCAGGUCGAGGAAGGCGCAGAGAGCGACAGGGAAGAGGCCGAGAUGCAAGCAGAGGAGGCGCAGGCAGAAGCAGAGGCUGGGUCGCAGGCGGCUGCGCCAGGAGUGACACGGAGGGCCUUCACUGCGCAGCAGAUGCGCGAGAUGAUCCGGGGGCAUGCCUUCUCGUCUGGGUUCCACAGCUACAAACAGUUCGCCUCGCGGCCUCAGCCACAAGACGAGGGCCUCAGGCCACGUGGCAAGAAUGCCCAAGACAUGGAGGCGCAGAAGCGGCGCUUCCAGUCGCGCAACCCCAACAUCUUCAGCGUGAGGCUGGCCACAGACUCGGAGAAGGAGGCUUGGCAGCUGGCGAAGUCCUGCAACCGCUCAGCCUCCGAGGGCACGCUGCUGCGCUACGCCCAAAACCGAGUGGAGGACAUGACCCGCGCUGUGAAGAAGUCCUUGGGCGUCGACGUGACAAAGACCACACGCCACAGGAUGAGGAGCCGAAAUUCCAAGUCAGGUCACUUUGAAUGGCUUGGUAGGUGA